AUGACGUCGUACGCGCUUCGCGCGGAAUGCCGCGGACACGAGGACGACGUCCGCGCCGCGGUCGUCCUCUCCCCCGCGUCGUUCGCGACCGCGUCGCGCGACAAGACGGUCCGCGUCUGGAGCGAAGCGAUCGGCUCCGACGUCUCGUUCGCGCAAUCCGUCGUCUGCGUCGGCCACGCGUCGUUCGUGACGUCGCUCGCCUUCGCGCCGCCGGGGCGCGUCCCCUCGUUUCCCCCACUCGGCGCGCUCGUCUCCGGGUCGCGCGACGCGCGCGUCGUCGCGUGGGAUCCCGCGACCGGCGACGCCGUCGCGGAGAUGCGCGGCCACGCGCUCGACGUGACCGCCGUCUGCGUGCUCGCCUCGGGGGUCGUCGUGUCGGGGGCGAUGGACAAGAGCGUUCGCGUCUGGGAUCCGAAGACGGGCGCGUGCGCGCGCGCGAUCGAGGACGCGCACGGAUCGUCCGUCCUCGCGCUCGCGGCGCUCGCGGACGGCGGGUUCCUCUCGGGCAGCGCGGAUCGAAGCGUCAAGCGAUGGGACGGUCAAAUGCCAUAUGACGGCGCGUCGUGGAAGCCGACGACGACGAUGACGGGGCACGCGGACACCGUCCGCGGGAUAUGCGUAACGCCAGCGGGUGAUGCGUUUCUCACCGCGUCGCACGACUGCACCGCGCGCAUGUGGAGCCUGGUCACGCACGAGACGGUCCUGACGUUCGUCGGACACACGGCGCUGGUGUACGCCGUCGCCGCCGCCGGCGACCGCGUCUUCACGGGCUCGGAGGACAACACGAUGCGGAUAUGGCGCGCGCGCGACGCGUCGUGCGCGCAGACGAUCGCGCACCCCGGAGCGACGCUCGCGGAGGAGCAGUCGAAGAUAAAGACCGAGGACCCGAGCGCGCUUCUGCAGUCCGGGCACGGCGACGGCGUGACGAAGGUCAUCAGAGAGGAGGGCGGGACGAUCGCCGCGUACGCGUGGUCCGCGGGGACGGCGAGCUGGGAACGCGUCGGCGAGGUCACCGGCGUCGGCGGCGGCGGAAUAGGCGGCGGAAAGAAAUCGUUCCAAGGCGCGGAGUACGACUACGUCUUCGACGUGGACUUCCAGGACGGCGUCCCGCCGCUGAAGCUGCCGUUUAACGUCGGGGAUAAUCCGUACACGGCCGCGGAGACGUUCUUGGAGACGAACGAUCUCCCCGCCGGUUAUCGAGAGCAAGUCGUGAAUUUCAUCGUGCAAAACGUCGGCGAGACCAACGUCGGCGCGGGCGGCGUCAGCGCGGACCCGUUCACCGGCGCGGGCGCGUACGUGCCCGGGACGGGCGCGACGACCGGCGGUGGUGGGGGUGGGGCUGGGAACUUCGAUCCGUUCACGGGGGGCGGGGCGUACGUGCCGGGGGCGGCGGCGGCGCCCGCGGCGGCGGCGCCCGCGGCGGCGGCGGCGGCCGCGCGACAGUCGUACGUCCCGACGACGACGUGCCUCCUCUUCGAUACCUCUUUGAACCUCGACGGGAUCCUGAAGAAGAUCGCCGAGUUCGCCGCCGAGCUCGCUACCGCGGCGCAACGCGUCGAGGGUCUCCGCGAGUGCGCGGCGGCCGCGGCGAGCAAGACGCCGCCGUCGACCACGGCGGCCGCCGCGCUCCUCGACGCGUCUGCCGCGUGGCCGAAGGAGAAACUCUUCCCGCUGCUCGACGUCGCGAGGAUGCUCGUGCUCGUCCCGGGCGCGUGCGACGCCGCGACGUCCGGCGCGUUCGCCGCGGCGGCGUGCCGCGCGCUGGAGAGCGGCGGGGACGGCGCGCCGGCGCCGCCGGGGAACGUGCUGACGGCGGGGCGGCUCUUCGCGAACGCGUUCAAGCACGGCGAGACGAGGGACGCGUUCUUGCCGUUCGGGCAGGCGUUACUGGACGGCCUCGCGCCCGCCGCCGCCGCCGACGCGAAACCCCCCGCGCGUCUCGCGCUCGCGACCGCGAUCCUCAACCUCGCGUCGUUCGCGUCCGACAUCCCCGCCGCCGCCGACCUCGCGCCCGCGUGCGUCGCCGUGGGGAGCCAGCUGUUAUACGCGUCGCCCGCGGCGGACGUCGACGCGAGGUUUCGCGCGCUCGUCGCGCUCGGGACGGCGGCGACGACGGCGGGCGCGGAGGCGAAGAAGCUGGCGAUCGAUCUCGGGGUGUUGGACGUCGCGACCGCGCUCGCGGCGGCGGAGAGCGCGGGGAAGGUGAAGGACGCCGCCGCGGACGUGAGGAAGGCGUUGUCGUGA